AUGGAGCACCAAGCAGCUCACGAUGAGCUAGUAUCCCAGUUCUGUGCUAUGUCUGGCACUGAUGCCGCAGUAGCUCAAGAAUACCUGGCGGCCAGCGAAUGGGACCUCGAAGCCGCAGUGACCGAGUUCUUUGCCGAGCAGGACGAAGCUAUGCAGGGCGCAAACACAGGCUCAGGGCAGCGCUUAGGAGCGGAAACGGGGCCAGUCGCCGGUCGCACACUCGGUGGGAGUUCAUCCCAGUCUCCAUCCACUACCCCGCAGCCGUCCUCGUCGCGCAGGACCGGACCGAAGAAGAGAUUCGCGACGUUGGGCGAUUUUGCCUCCGGGGCUGGUGAAUCCUCGGAGGAGGAGGACUCCGUGAACCAGGAUUUCUUCGCGGGAGGGGAAAAGUCUGGCCUCGCCGUGCAGAACCCGGACGACAUCAAGAAGAAGAUUAUCGAGAAGGCCAAGAGAACUCAGCCGCCCUCCUCGGAUGAACCAAGCAGACAGUCGCACUUCACGGGCACAGCACGUACCCUCGGUGGCGAUGAUGCUCCGAGCAGGGUAAUCGAAGCCCCGAGCGCGCCCGCUACGCAAGUGCCGCAACGAGUCCAGAGAACGCUUCAUUUCUGGGCCGACGGAUUCUCCGUCGACGAUGGCGAGCUGUACCGCUCCGAUGACCCCCGGAACGCAGAGAUCUUGGAGGGGAUCCGACAGGGUCGUGCUCCUCUCUCGAUCAUGAACGUACAGUCUGGCCAAGAGGUGGACGUGGAAAUCAACCAGCACGAGGAGAAAUACGUCAAGCCAAAGCCCAAGUACAAACCCUUUUCUGGCCAGGGGCAGCGACUGGGAAGCCCUACGCCUGGCGUGUCGACCUCUGCCGCGGCCCCAGCCCCAGCUCCAGCUCCAGCAAGUCAGGCCUCAGAGCCACCUAAGCCUACUGUCGAUGAAUCUCAGCCCACCAUCACCCUGCAAAUCCGCCUUGGCGAUGGCACACGACUCACGUCUCGCUUCAACACUACCCACACGAUUGGGGAUGUCUACGAAUUUGUGUCUGCGUCCAGCCCCGCUAGCCAGUCCCGCCCGUGGGUCUUGAUGACUACGUUCCCCAGCAAGGAUCUUACGGACAAGGGUGCUGUCCUGGGGGAAAUGGCCGACUUCAAGAGGGGCGGCGUUGUGGUCCUCUCCGGCAAAGGCGGCGUCGGCAAAUCCUCCGUGACGCUGCAGCUGGCCCUGGCGCUCUCCCUGCAGGGCAAAUCCGUGGGGAUCCUCGACAUCGACCUCACGGGGCCCUCGAUCCCGCGCUUAGUCGGCCUGGAAGAUGCAAAGAUCACGCAAGCGCCCGGCGGCUGGCUGCCUGUUCCCGUGCAUACCGCUGUAGAUGCACCAGCCUCAGCAUCGCCAUCGCCACCUUCUCCUACCCCUACCACCACAACGACACCCGCUCAAGACCACCACCAAGAACCCACCACAUCCACCCCCUCAAAGACCUCCUCCCCCUCCACCCCCCGCGGCCCACUACACUGCAUGUCCCUCGGCUUCCUGCUACGCUCCCGCUCCGACGCCGUCAUCUGGCGCGGCCCCAAGAAAACCGCCAUGAUCCGACAAUUCCUCUCGGACGUCCUCUGGGGGGAGACCGACUAUUUGCUGGUCGACACCCCGCCCGGCACGAGCGACGAGCACAUCGCCCUCGCCGAGCAGCUCCUCACGCUGUGCAGCACCGGCCCUACCUCACCCUCCUCCGCCCCUCAAUCCCCAGCGACGCAGGCAACGCCCCCCCGCCUCGCCGGCGCCAUCCUCGUAACCACCCCGCAGGCCAUCGCCACCUCCGACGUGCGCAAGGAAGUCAACUUCUGCGUCAAGACGCAGAUCCCCACGCUCGGCGUAAUCGAGAAUAUGUCCGGGUAUACGUGUCCGUGCUGUGGGGAGGUGACGAAUCUGUUUUCGAGCGGGGGCGGGGAGGUUAUGGCGAGGGAGAUGGGGGUCAGGUUUCUGGGGAGCGUGCCGGUGGAUGUUGGGUUUGGGGCGUUGGUGGAGGGGAGGGGGAUUGGGGCGGAUGGGGAGGGGAGUGAUCAGGAGGAGGAUGCGGAGGAGGAACAGAAAAAGGAAAAGGAAAAGGAAAAGGUGGAUGAUGAUCGGCCUUUGGUUGAGAAGUAUCGGGAGGGGUGGUCGUAUGCUCGGUUUGAGGGGUUUGCGAGGACGUUGAUUGCGGAGAUUGAGGGGUAG